AUGACUUGCUUGAUCUUGAUGAUUAAAUUCCAGGUUUCACUUAAGGAUGAAGGAAAAACGGAGGCAUCAGUUGGUGCCUGGUUAGAGAGACAAGCUCUACGACAGCAGCUCCUGCGGGACGAGUGUAGCAAGAACCCAUCACUGAAACUAAACCUGACUCACAUCAUAAACAAUAAGAAAGGAUUGCUAUGGCCUUACAUUGUCGACGAUAAGUACAGAAUAAUGUAUGGCUUCAUAUCGAAGGUCGGGUCGACUCACUGGAAGAGUGCGUUUCUCGUUCUGAAGGGAAAAUUUAAAACUGUUGAGGAAAUACCCGGAUGGAGAGCGCACGAUCCGAGCUUGAAGAAACUCGGCGAGUACAGUCCAGAGGAGAUCAAGUACCGUCUGAACAGUAAUUACACCACCUUCAUGUUCGUGCGCGAUCCUCUUGCGCGCAUCCUUUCCGCGUACAGGAACAAACUUGAAGAGGACAAUAAAGUGUUCCAGAAGUCCUACGGAAGAAGAAUCAUCGAACGCUACAGGGAUAACCCAUCCAAGGAGGAACUCGAAACUGGGGUGGGCGUGACGUUCGCGGAGUUUGUUCGAUUUAUCACAGAUAAAGAGGCGAAGAACAACAUGGAUGGGCACUGGAAGCCGAUCUAUCAAAUGGUUCUCCCGUGUAACAUGCAUUAUGAUUACAUCGGGAAGUUGGAAACUGGGAAAGAAGACUCGAAGAACAUCUUAAGAUACCUGAAGAUCGAUCACCUUGUCCACUUCAAAGAAUCAACCAGGAACACGAGCAAUACCGAAGAAAUAUUCACCAAGUAUUACAAAACGAUUUCCAAGGAAUAUCUCCUUAAAUUGUACGAGAUGUACGCCCCCGAUUUCAAACUCUUCGGUUACUCAAUGAAUGAAGAUUUGACGCAACGAAAGAAUCCCCUGCUGAAUUAA